AUGCCUCCUCCCCCUCCUCCCCCUCCCCCGCCCCCUCCAGGUGGUGGAGGCCCUCCUCCGCCUCCGCCUCCUCCUGGAGCCCUCCCGGCACGGCCGCCAGCUGGCGGAGCGGGAAGAGGCGCCCUCCUUUCAGAUAUAUCCAAGGGAAAGGCGCUGAAGAAGACCGUUACCAACGAUCGAUCCGCGCCACUUGUCGGCAAAGUGUCCGGCGGGCCCGGCCCAUCGCCGCUGGGAGGUGCUCCGCCUGUGCCGGGGCUGCCGAAAGCCCCCGGGGGCCUCGCUCCACCCGUGCCCGGUAACAGGGCGAGGAGCAACAGCGAUCAAGGCAGUCGAGAUGCGCCGCCCGCGCCGGCCAUGGACGCUGCCCCACAACUGGCUGGUCUCUUUGCCGGAGGCAUGCCGAAGCUGAGAAAGACGGGCGGAGGGGUAGACACAGGAGCGGAUCAUGGCGCAUCAUACCUGUCCGACCCUGAGUCCACGAGUCCCGGGACGCCCAGCGAUCCCAGGCCUGGCCAACCACGCAUCUAUAGCAAACCUCAGAAGGACGGCUGCCGGCGAGGGCCCGCGCCCAAUAUCGUCAGCUUCAUUAAAGGGCCCUCCUCCACCCAUAGGGAAGAAGCCGCCCCCGCCACCCAGCUCUCGCAAACCAUCUUCCAACAUAUCAUCGGCUCCAGCUCUACCAAGCGCCUCAGCACCGCCGCCGCCCUCGUCUGCCGCGCCGUCAUUACCGCCAGCACCACCUCCUCCGCCUCCUUCGUCCGCUCCUCGACCACCCCCGGCCCCAGCAAGAUCACAGCUUCCGCCUCCCCCGCCGCCAGGAGCCGGCGCCGUCUCUCCCAAUAUUGCUGUGCAGGCAGCGAUUCGAGCAGCAGCGACCGGGGCGAGCUCCCCGACAUCAGCCCCUCCCCCGCCACCUCCCCCCGGCGCUCCCUCGCCGCGGUCUCCAGCGUCUGGUCCGCCGCCGCCGCCGCCGCCACCUUCAAACACCACACCGGCGCGUGCUCACUCGGGCUCCGGCGGGCGCUCGAUGCUCGACCCUAG